ACCGGCAACGCGAAGCGAACGCAAGUGAACGUUGGUAUUGCGCCCGUCGUGCGCGUUCUCCGCGUUUUCUGCUCGUCGGACGUUCCUCCGGCUUUUCUAUUCUUCUUCGCGCGUCGCGCACAAAGAAUCGCGCGCCAAGUUUCACACACGAGAACGCGCGAGUCGUCGCGUGUGCGUCAAACGCGAGUGAGUGUCGCUCGAUAUCGGGUUUUUUUUUCUUGUGCUCGUCGCAUUCAUCACGUGGAUUAUCCCCGGUCCCCGACGAUGUGAGACCUUUAUUUGCAUACCGUUUGUUGCAGAAUAGUCCCACGUACUCCGUCGUCGGAAAGAAAUCACGAAGAAAACGCUAACAAGAUAUUCGAGACGCUUAUUCGCGAAAACAUUCCGCGCUAUAUGCGAAACGCGUUUCCCCGUGACUCGUAAUUUACUCGUAUCGCGCGUAAUGCGGUCGGUGAAAUUGGAUAUGAUCGACGAUGAGAACGUCCUCCUCGCGAGAAAAAUGCGACGCGUUGAGAACUGACAGCAUCGAGUGGCUUGUUGUUUUUUUUGUUUUGUUUUUUUGUUUUUUAAAUGAUCGGCGAAGUAUCGCGUGAGGAGAUCGCGGAGUUCGCGGCGGUGGUGAGCGGCAAUGUUCAGAAAUAAGUCUUUGAGCGGGACACGGAACUACGCGAGAGCUGUUAGAAAACGGAUCGAAAUAUAGUCGCUCACGGACUAUAUUAUGACGGACUACUUGGAUCCGCAUUUCGUCCGGGCUCUAUGCCGCGAUCCAGAAAGGCGAACUCUCCAGGACUUGCAGAUCAUAUAUUAUGGCCUACUGGGUCUGGAGGCGUUGCGCCCAUGCAGAGAUUCCGUUCUCCGCGGGCUUUGCAAGAUCGUGCGUUACGAGAGACACCAUGCAAACCACGUUCUCUAUUACACCGGCGAACUGGCCACAAGUUGGUACAUACUUCUCUCGGGUUCCGUGUUCAUCGAUGGAUCCAUGUUUCUGCCUCGUUCAAGGCUGUCGGCUGAUUACGCCAAUCAGAAUUUGAUCAGCGGUCUAGAAACGCAUAGACACGGAAUUUUGGUGAACAAUUUGACGAGCUCGUCUGCCAAGCGGUUUCGAACCGCGCAGAACAGUCCCAAAUGA